AUUAAUUAUAUGGUCAUUCGCUCCUCCCAGCUAGAAUGGCGAGACUUGUAAAGAACUUCAUUGGAGGCAUUGCUUUUAAAGUGACUGGAGGAGACGUUUAUGAGGUUGAGGAUGAGGAAAAAGAAAGUCGGACAGAAGACUUAAAAGUUGGUGAAGAAAGAUUAACUGAAGGUGUUGAAGAAGGAAGUUCAACCAGUGAUGAAGAAGAGGAAGACAAUUUUCACAUUAAUCACCCUCCAUAUAAAAUGGCCACAUUAUCUAAGUGGACUAAUUACAUAUCAGGCUGGCAGGAUCGUUAUGUUGUUGUUCGUGAUGGCAUUCUUUCAUACUAUAAAUCUGAAAUUGACCUUCAGUAUGGCUGUAGGGGGUCAAUCAGUCUUCAUAAAGUGUCUGUUUAUAUUCAUGAAUUUGAUGAAUUAAGGUUUGAUAUCAGGGCACAUGAUUGUACAUAUUUCUUUCGAGCUGGAGAUCCAACAGAAAAGGCAUCCUGGGUUGAAGUAAUAGAAGCAAACAAGGCUUAUCUUAUAGAAAAUGGUCCCAAACCUUCCAUCGCAAGGCAAGCUUCUAUUAUUUCACUUUCUGGCCUUUCUCAAGCCUCUACAUCAUCUUUUAAGACAGGACAUGAUUUACAAGUAAAAUUAGCUGAAAUGGAGACCUAUCGGGAUAUUCUCUGUAAGCAGAUUGAUGUCCUUCAGGCAUACUUUGAUGCUGGGAUUGAAAGUACUAUUAGUAAUGAUGAUGGAGUCAAUGAAGUUGUGAAAUCAACAGAUUCUAUUGAUGAAUUGCCAGAGGAAGGAGGAGAGCAUCAUAAUGGACGCUAUUCUCCCUCUCCCCUUACCAGAUCUAGUGAAUCAAGUCGCUCAUCUAAAUUACAUGAUGCUGGGAGCAGCUCUUCACCUGUGGUUGGCCACCGUUUGACUCCAAAAGGUCACAGAAGAACUGGAAGUGAUCCUUUUUCAUUUCGUCAGAUGCCUCACAAUCGAUCACCUCUACUUCGAUCACAUGGUGGUUCAGGUGCUACUUCAGGUGGUUUUGACUUUAGAGGUGAAGCGAUUACUUUCAAAGCUACAACUGCUGGUAUCCUGUCAUCUUUGAAGUAUUGCAUUGACAUUAUGAACAAGAGGGAAGAAUACUGGCAAAAGAAAUUUGAGAAAGAACAAGAAAGGAGAAGAAAAGCUGAUAGAGCAGCUCACUCAGCUUUAAAUGGCCCACGAAUACGUGCCUAUGAAUAUGCAGGUCCAGAUUUUGAGGAAGGUCCACAUAGUGCAUUGAAUGAGGAUGAAUUUUAUGACGCAUUAGAAAUGGCUUAUCAAGAGGAUGAACUUGAAAUUCAACCAUCACAGAAUAGUAGUCCAUCAAAGGCUGUCUCUCAAUCAGACAAUAAAAAUAAUGAAGCACAACCACAGAUUGAAGCUGUACUAGAGGAUAUAGUACACAAGCCAUAUACUGGUCCAGAGCACAAGCUAACUCCAUUAGUUAAUGAGCAUGUUGGUAAAUAUUCAAAGUACGUGUUUGAACCUGUUGAAUCAGGUGAUGGUAACUGGCAACUUGCACAUGAAGAUGGAGAUAUGAAGGUAUACAGAAGAGAGCUUGAAGAAGAUGGUGUGGUUGUUGAUCCACUCAAAGCACAGCAUAUUGUUAAAGGUUUGUCUGCUUUUGAGAUGUGCAAGUACUUUUUUGACAAAGAUACUCGAUUGGACUGGGAAGGAACUGUUGAGAGUUUUAAAGUUUUAGAUAAAUUAGCUGACGAUUCAGUUGUAUUUCACCAGUUACACAAGCGUGUUUGGCCGUCAACGCAGCGUGAAACUGUUUUUUGCUCUCAUAUCUGCAUGCUAACAAAUGCUCCUCGACCUGAAAAUAUGGUGGGACACACAUGGAUGGUUUGUAAUUUUUCAAUGGAGCAUCCUUCUGUUCCAAUAACUUCUAAAAUGAUACGUGCUACACUUAAUGUUGGCUUAGUAUGUCAGACUAUUAUCAACAGGCAAGUCGAACCUGGCCAGGAAUCUUCCAUUACUCGAGAUGAUGUUUCUUGUAAAAUUAUUUAUGCCGCUAAUGUUAAUCCUGGUGGGUGGGCUCCACCGUCUGUUGUCCGUACUAUUGCUAAAAGAGAAAUCACAAAAUUUCUGAAAAAAAUAUCAAGUUGUGCUCAGAAAGCAGUAUUAGAACAACCUUUAACAUUGUAAUUGUUUUUGUCUGUAUUGUUUGUUCUUUCGAUAAUAAUAUAUAGAUAAUAAACUUUUUUUAAAAUAA